AUGAUGUUACGAAGAGGAUGGCCCCACUACUUGGAAGCCGAAGAGGAUGGUCAAGGAUGGGAGAACGAGCAUGGAUUCGCCAGUCACUAUAUUGUCUGGCUGAGCAGUGGCGCGACUGAAGCCGACAUUGAAACCAUGGUCUCUGCGAAUGGCAAGAAGCUAACAAUCAGUGAGAAGUGGCACCAAGACCUCUUGGAUAUUGGGGAGUUCUAUUAUCUUAUCAACAACACACAAGGGAAACUAGAGGAUACCAAUGUGAGGCGCCAAUGCCAUGCAGCAGAUGUCAGUGUCCAUCCUUGA